CGGUCACACUGUUAGUCAGAUUUCUAAAAAAACAAACCAAAACAAAAGGAAUCACAGAUAACUUUAUACGAAAAGAGAGCCACUUACCCGCCUCCAAAAUGCUUGAGAACUGUCAACGGCAUCAUAUGCUCCUUGGACUGGGAGCACUGACGAUGGUCACCAUCCUUGUCCUCUUCGUGGAAUCGCGAUAUGCGGCCGAAGGACCUCGCCGCCGGGAGCCACAGUUCGUCAUUGAGGACAACUCGACGUGCUGGCGCAACGAGAAGUACCAUGUGGUGCAGGAGUGUCACCCUUGCUCGGAAUUCGACAUAGUCAGCCGGAGCCUGGGCGUCUGCAUCCACACGCACUACAAGGAGGUGCUGCGCUGCCAAAGUGGCGAAAUAGUGACCAGGAGCUGCGACCGGGUGGCACUCAUCGAGCAGAUGAACUUCCUGAAAUUCGAAGUCCUCUGCUUGGUCAUCGGAUUACUGAGCUACCUGGUUAGCUACGCGCGGGAUCGAAUCCUGUCCAGGCGCAACUACAUGCGGAUCGAACGACAACUAAACCGAGUGCAAUAACCCACAGCUCAACCAUUCCCAAGUGAUACUCAUUGAUCGUACGGAAGGACAUUAUUUAAUUUAGUUUAAGUACAUACACUCUGGAAAUACCAUGUUAAAAUUCAUUUGCUAA